AUGUCACCCCUGCCGAGUCGUCUAGUCUGCGCGCUUCAUCUCAGCUCGUCAGUCCUUGCCGCAGCCGCGGGGCUCAGUCCAUUUCUGCAGCCGAGACACGACUCAUCCUGCAAGGCCGUGCCUGGAUCGCCCGACUGGCCGUUUCCCCAGGACUGGGCCCGUCUCAAUGAGUCGCUUGCCGGAAGACUGCUGCAGCCGCCUCCUCCAGGAGCUGUCUGCCAUCCAGGACAGGCAACCUACAAUGCCACAGCAUGCCCCAGCGUCCGGGCCGCAUGGUCAACCUACGAGUUCCACCAGGCCGACCCCGUCUCAAUGGACUGGAACCAGUGGACCAACGAUUCCUGCCUUCCACAAGAAGGUGCUCCGUGCAGCGGUAAAGGAUAUCCUGUCUUCGUUAUAAACGCCACCGAAGCCCGCCAUGUCCAGCUCGGCGUCCGUUUUGCCAAGAAGCACAAUAUCAGGCUGGUCGUCAAGAGCAGUGGCCAUGACUACAUUGGCCGCUCCAACGCCCCAAACUCUCUCUCCAUCUGGACGCAUCACCUGCGAGGAAUCAAGACGCACGAUUCGUUCCGUCCCAGCCGCUGCGGCGCCACCAUUGAUGGUGCUGCUGUCACAGUGGGCGCUGGCGUGCAAAUGUGGGAUCUGUACACCGCACUCGACCCCCUGAACCAGACGGUCGUGGGAGGCGGCGGAAAGACCGUCUCCGUGGGUGGCUACGUGACCGGCGCUGGCCACAGUCUGUUGUCCGCCCGGUAUGGCCUCGCCGCCGACCGAGUUCUCGAGAUGGAAGUGGUUACCCCCAUGGGAGACAUUGUGACGGCCAAUGAGUGCCAAAACCAGGCUCUCUUUUGGGCCAUGCGCGGUGGCGGUGGCUCAACGUUCGGCAUCAUGACCUCGGUCACAAUACAAACCGUCCCCACGCCCAAACUCGAGAGUCUCUUCCUGAUGAUCGUCACCACCGCCACCUCCAAUCCCCGCCCUAUCUUCGACAUGGUUGCCUACGUCGUCAGCCAGUUCCCCUCGAUGGGCGACCAGGGUUUGUCAGGCUACUCGUACUACUCCAACCACUUUCCAGCCGGCAACACCACCGUCGGGGGCAUGUUAAUGUCCUGUGUCCUGCAGGACUCGUCGCCCGAAGAGAUGCGCAAGCUGUGGGAUCCCGUGCUCUCGCACAUCAACACCACGUGGCCGGGCCUGUUCGCCGUCAUCUACCAGCCCACGUCGUACCCGUCUUUUCUUGGGUGGUACGAGCAGAACUACGACACCUCGGCUGCUGGCUUGAACAGCUAUCUGGGCUCGCGGCUGCUCGACAGGAGGGCCCUGACGGGUGAUCUGACAAAGACGUCCGAGGCGCUAGAGCGGUUCGCCAAUACCACCGUUGGGACGGCAUAUCUCUUGUCUGGCAACGGCGUCCACAAUGCGAAGCCGAGGGGAUGCGGGAACGCGGUGCUGCCGGCCUGGCGCAAGGCUUACGUUCAUGCGACCACCGGCCUCAACGCCACGCCGCUGGACCCAGCCUCGGCACUGGCCACGCGAGAGCAGAUCAGAAUGAACGUGGAAGGGCUGAGGCAGUUGGCGCCGGACAUGGGCGCAUAUGUGAACGAGGCCGACUAUGAAGAACCAAAUUGGCAGCACGAAUUCUGGGGGUCUAACUACAAGCGACUCCUCCAAAUCAAACGCAAGGUCGACCCCGACGAUGUGCUGUGGUGCCAUCCCUGUGUGGGCAACGAGCGCUGGGAGCAGGUCGACGACCGUCUGUGCCGCGUCAAGGGACGGAAGCCGUAG